AUGAGUCAGGAGUAUUAUUCUGGUGAGGGUUCUUCCUCUCGAGCCACCUCGUCCAGAUUCUCUGGCGAGGAAGAGGUUCCAGAGCAGAAUCCUUUUUUCCCUCCCCCGCCGUCCUACAUGACUGUCGGCAACGGCUCAACCUCGGAUAGUGCUACAGCUUUGAUGACAUCGCUGAACCAAGAUUCCGGCUACGGGGGGAGCAUCGCCGACGAAAGCGCCAUGGAGGAAGACUCGAACGCGGCUUGGCGCGCAGGACUGAUGGAGGAUCGACCGACACCAGUGCAUACACCAACGCGCCCUGGAGAAUGGAAUCCGGCUGCUGAACAUGAAAAGCAAGUGGUUGCCAGCCAUGUUUCUCAGCUUCUUUACAACUCGAACCGCACCAAACUUGGUCGCGCAAUCUCCCGGACUAUCGAUACCUUGAAGGAACUCCAGGAUAUGAAUCGUCAAUGGCCCGCCCACUAUCCUUCGGUACAAAACACACCCGCUUCUCUUGAGAGUCGGCCACAGUUGAAUCACACCAACUCGGAAUUUGGGGGCAGCGAGAGGCCGACUACCCCACCCCGUCCAGACCUGCGACGCGCAGCUACCACCAUGGGCGGAGACAAUCUAGCAGAAUCCAGCACCUCCGCUGAACGACGAGCCCCGACAGAGCCCAGAUUGAUGACUCCACAGAUUGCGCAGGAGUUUUCUAUUCUCAAACUUGAUCUGAAGCUGGGCGCUUUAUCGCAGGCGGAACUAGUCCACUCGUUGGAAAAGUCAUCAAUUGCUUCGCUCCUCGAUGGGAAGAUCAGCCAAAGCAUGAAGCAUCUUCUCUCGCUGCGUGACAGAAUCGAGGAUACUUCGAGUAAGGUUCUGAUUACUGGAGAUCUGAACGCAGGAAAAUCGACAUUUUGCAAUGCUUUGCUGCGUCGAAAGGUUCUCCCAGAAGACCAGCAGCCUUGUACCAGCAUAUUCUGCGAAGUUCUCGACGCUCGCGAGAAUUGUGGAAUCGAGGAAGUCCACGCUGUGCACAAGGAUACGCCAUACAACCGCAACGAUGAAAGCACAUUUGAUGUCUAUACUCUCGCUCAGCUUGAAGACAUUGUGAUCGAGAACACAAAGUACAUGCAGUGCAAAGUCUAUGUCAAGGAUGUACGGUCUAUCGACGAGUCGCUACUCAACAACGGCGUCGUUGACAUCGCCUUGAUCGACGCACCGGGACUGAACUCGGACUCAUUGAAGACUACCGCCGUUUUUGCUCGGCAGGAAGAGAUUGACGUUGUUGUUUUCGUCGUAUCAGCAGCUAACCAUUUCACCCUCUCUGCAAAGGAGUUCAUUUUAAAUGCUGCUCAUGAGAAGGCUUACAUCUUCAUGGUUGUCAAUGGAUUCGACCAAAUCCGUGACAAGCAGCGUUGUGAGCGCAUGAUCUUGGAUCAAAUUGGCAAACUUAGCCCUCGCACUUACAAGGAGGCCACUGAGCUCGUUCAUUUCGUUUCAAGCAAUGCCAUUCCAGUUGCACCCCCUGCUAUCUCCCAAUCAGGCUCCGGUGGCGGUGGUGGUGAUGGCGGUGGCUCCGAUCCGCAUGAUGACGAUGACAAGAAAGACCCCAAUGACAAGGGUAAGGGCAAAGAACGCGAGAAACUCCAAGACUUUGAGAAUCUUGAAGGAGCCCUGCGGCGUUUUGUCCUUGAGAAGCGAUCUCGUUCCAAGCUUGCGCCUGCAAGAACCUAUCUACUAAACCUCUUGGCUGACCUUAAUUCCCUCGCCACUGUCAAUCGCGAUGUUGCUCAAGCGGAGCUCAAGCGAGUGACAAGCGAGCUGGCCGAGCUUGAGCCUGCUUUCGAGAAUGGAAAGAAAAAGAAGGGAGAACUUGCGGAAGGCGUCAACAAGGCCAUCGAUGACUCGUGCGAUGAUGUCUAUAAUCACACUCGCUCAACCUUGACUGAUACAAUCACCCGUGUAUCCGAUGCAGACCUUGGUGUUGAAUAUCCUGGUCUCUUCUCAGCGUUCCAAUACGCCGAGGAUUUGAAGCUGGCAAUGUUAGAUCAAAUUGCUCUCUCGGUUAACAACUGUGAGGAUUACGCUCGGGAAAAGACAGUUCAAGGGGUCGGUUUCAUCCAAAACAUUGGCCUGCUGCACAUCGGUGAAGACAAGUUCACCCCGCUCAACUUCCGGGCCGAUGCUAUGUUCCGCCGUGGUCGUCGUCACACGUUUGGCCGACAAGUUGAAACCGAGGUUGAGCUGUGGGACUUCUUUGAUGUUGCCGGUCUCUGGGAGCGCCAGGAGAAGCUGGCCGGAACAGGCGUUGCAAUGACAGCGGUCACUGUGCUGGGUGGUAGAGCAUUGGGUGGUUUCAGCUGGGUAGACAGUGCCUUGAGCGCCGUCAAACUCAUUGGCCCGAACAACAUGCGCAGACUCUUCUUCCCCAGUAUCCUUGCUGCUGCUGUUCUGACAACCGCAUAUGUGCUCAACUCUAUUCCGUCAACUCUUCCUCCCCGCUUGUCGCGCAAGAUUGCCGCCACUCUUGCCGAAAUGGAUUACGUCCACUCUAAUGCCAACCGUAUCUCGACCGAGGUCCGCCGCAUGCUGCGCAUGCCCGCUGGCAAUCUUCAAACUUGCCUAUCCCAGGACAUCGAGGAUCUGGGCAGACGCAAGCAAGAGGUCACCAAAAUCAAGCAAGAGAGUGAUGUUGCCACCAAGUACUUCUCAAACCUCUUCCGCGAUAGCAGCGAGAACCGCCGCACCGUUGAGAAUCUGGACCUUGAUGCUCCCCUGCCUGGCGGCAUGGCUGCGGCAAUGGAGGCGUAA